AUGCAGCAGCUCACACCGCCGCCAGACAACUACAGCCACAUUGCCCUGUGCACCCACCUCACCCAGGUGCUCCAGUCCAAAGCACACGACACUGUGCUCGACACGUAUCGACAGGCGGUGGCGAUCUCGGUGGCCGCCAACCCGCUAGCACGCAAACACGUCAUUUACAGCCACAAAAAGGAUGGGCGGCCCGUUUCUCCCGCCGAGUGGGCCCAGUACUUCUCCACACUCCGAUGCACUGAGUGCCGCGGCAGCAGCGGCCAGGCCAUGAUCUGCCUUCAGUGUCCGCACGUGGGUUGUUACAACCACGCCAAGACGCAUUCGAGUCGUGGCCACCGCUUCGCCAUCGACUCUGCAAAUGGGUUGCUUCACUGUUUUCUGUGUGGAGACUAUGUCAGCCACCGCGCAUUACACACUAUCCGGAAGCUGCUCAUUAGUAAAAAAGCCGACAAGUCAGACGAGGCAGGUGCUGCAAAGGUAAAUGGCAACACAAAUGGAAGCGCAGAUUUGGCAAUAGCAGAUGACGCAUACACAAAGCCGCCGGCGUCCGCAGUGCACGGGCUCCGUGGCAUCGUCAACCUCGGCGCCACAUGCUUCAUGAGCUGCAUUCUCCAAACGUUGCUCCACAACCCGCUCGUGUGCCGCCAUUUCUUCAACAAUGACCUCCAUUUUUUCAACUGCGACCUGCUGUCACGGUAUGCGGCGCCUUCGCCCCAAAUCGACGAGAAUCUGGCGUGCAUGACCUGUCUGUUGGAUGCCGUGUUCAAGGAAGUAUAUACGUCCUCUGCCCGCGACGGGUGUGGCAUUGCUACGCUUCUAGCCACGGCCUGGUACAAAAACCAACUGCUUGCAGGCUUCCAGGAGCAGGAUGCGCAUGAGUUCUGGCAGUUCUUAUUGGGUGAGCUCCAUCUGGACUACGAGCGUGUGGCCGAAAGCGCCGGCUUGCCGCAAGAACCGUGCCGUUGCGUCGUUCACUCGACUUUUGCGGGCCAGCUCGAAAGUUCGGUUGUUUGCAGUGCCUGCGGUGCUAUAACCCGCACGGUGGACCCGCUCAUGGACCUUUCUCUCGAGAUCUCGCGACUCGACGGGAAAGCAACUCUUUACGACUGUCUCGACCAGUUCACGCGGCACGAGCCAUUGGACGCUAAAUACCGAUGCAGCUCGUGCCGUGAGGAGGCACAGGCACACCGAGCUCUCCGAAUCAAAGCACUUCCGCCUGUGAUCAGCAUUCAGCUCAAGCGGUUUAAACACACCGUGGGAAGCGACACUGCCUCAAAAAUUGAAGCGAGAGUGGAUGCGCCGCUUUUCCUCAACUUGUCCAAGUAUGCGUCACAGCAUGAUGACGACAUUGACGCAAAUAAAGUGUACGAGCUUUUUGCUGUGGUGAAUCAUGUCGGACUGGUCAGCACAGGCCACUACAUUGCGCUUGUAAAAAGCAGCGGCGGGCGCUGGUUCAAGUUUGACGAUAGUGUGAUCUCCCUUGUCUCUCACGAAGAAGUCCAGGCAACAAAUGCGUACCUUCUCUUUUACAUUGCGCAUGCCGUGUGA